GAGAGGCUUCAGCUUCCUUGAAGAUUAAAAGGGAACUCCUUCAUGGCCGUCCGUCUCUUCUCUUCGACGGCUCUCCUCCAGUAUCGUCCUGUACCCAACACAGAGGAGGAGGGAAGCUUCUUCCAUGUCGCGCCUCGCCGAGUUUUUAAUUCUCACCGUCUUAACCCUAUUGCUCCUAGGAGUCGACUUCUCAAGUGUAACAGUGACUAUUUCACUAGGAAGUUUAUGCGGAAGAGCAGGACUCAAGCCAUUGCAGAGUAUUUGGGUUCAGCUUCAGAUCCAAAGAAGCCAAGUUAUCAUCCUUCUGAAGAAAUCAGAGCGUAUGUGCCGGAGAAUCCUAGAGAUUCUAGGCUUCCACCUGCUGUAACCGCUAGAACCAUCAUUGAGGUGAACAAAAAAGGAACCUUGAUGCUUUCAGGUUUACUUGGUAUUGGACUACAUGAGAACAUUCUCUGGCCUGAUAUUCCUUAUGUAACAGAUCAGCAUGGAAAUAUAUACUUUCAAGUUAAGGAAAACGAGGACAUAAUGCAAACUCUUGUUACUUCUGACAACAACUAUGUGCAAGUAAUAGUAGGUUUUGAUACGAUGGAGAUGAUCAAGGACAUGGAGCUGAGUACUCCCUCUGGUAUUGGUUUCGAGAUUGAAGAGAUGGAAGGUGGUAUAAGUGAAGUGGAGGAUGAAAACAAGAGGGAUAAGGAUGAAGAUGAAGGAGAAGAAGACAAAGAUGAUGAGGAAUGGGUUGCUGUUCUAGAAGAUGGGGAUGAAGACGAUGAUGAUUAUGUUUCAGACUCUGAUGAAUCACUUGGAGACUGGGCAAACUUGGAAACUAUGAGAAAUUGUCAUCCUAUGUAUUUUGCCAGGAGGAUAGCUGAGGUUGCGUCAAAGGAUCCUUUGAAUUGGAUGGAGCAACCCUCUGCUGGUCUUGCUAUCCAGGGGCUCUUGAGUCGUGUCUUUGUGAAAGAUCACUCAGAUAUCUCUGAUCCUAAGUCUACAAGUCCUGACAAUAACAAGGAAAGAGAAAAAUCAGGAGAGAAAAUUGAAGAUAGUUAUGAAAGUGAGAUAGUGGAGCUUGAGAAUUCGAGAAAUGCCAUAUCUUAUUACAAGCUGGAGAUGAAUAAGAUCCAGCUCAUCACAGCACAGGGGCAUCAGACUCAAGUGGAAGUGGAAGAUGUCAGAAAAGCAAAACCUGAUGCUGUUGCUCUUGCAUCAGACGGGAUUGUGAGUCGUUUAGAAGAAGAUGGCGAUAAACUAACGGAAGCACUCAAAUCUCUGUGUUGGAGACAUAAUGGGAUUCAAGCAGAGGUAAAAAAAAGGUCUCAAGUCUUCAGGUCUAUGUUGCCAUGAUCAUUAAUUCAUUAAUAUGUCGGCAAUGUAGGAAGUGAAGCUCAUUGGUAUAGAUUCACUUGGUUUCGACCUCAGACUUUGCUCGGGGAUGCAAAUUGAGUCAUUACGGUUUGCAUUCUUAACAAGAGCAACAUCAGUACACAAUGCUGAGGGACAGCUGAGAGAAUUAUUGUUCUCUUCCACACCUCACAAGCCGAAGCAAACGGGUCCAAAGGAGUCUUGGUAAUGUGGUAAAAGCUCAGAAAGCAUCAAGAAACAAAUUCAAACACAAUAUUUGCAUAUGAACAGAUCUUUCUUCAUGCAUCAAAACAUGAAGUAACUACUAUCAACGGUAAUGACCGUUGAAGUUUUCAAUGUUGGCUUGUUGGAGAUUGGCAGAUGAAGUCUCAGUCUCCUGUUGUUUGAUGUUUUUAAUUGAUUCUUGAUGGUGUAUCUUUGUAUUAUGUGUGAUUCUCAUACGUACGAUCUUUAGGUCCAUCAGUUUUGGAUUAAGUGUCAUUUGUUAGUAGGUUUAUAGCUUGACCUACACGUCAAGCAAAAAAUGUCAACGCAUUUACUUGAUCAAGAGAGUUACAAAGAAAGUCA